UAAAAUGGAAAUUUUUGUGAAAUCUUUUUAAAAUUAAUGAUUAAUUGGUAAUAAGUACUUUUAUUUUACAAUGUAUGAAUAGAUAACAUUUCAAGACAUUAACAUUUCAGAGAGAUUCAUCAUCGAAUAAAUAAGUUAAAAUGUCAGAACAAGUGCUAGAUGAAGACACGUGGCCAAAAGAAGCUGCUGCAGUCAUAAACGACAUAAAGAAACACGUCACCGCCGUGCAAGUGUCACCCAAAUUGAAGAACACGAGCCAAGGAAUUUAUAUCAACCUGACCACUCUGGAGAACUCUGCGUACUGUAUAGAAAUGUCAUCUGCGGGGUUUAGAGUCGUGGGCCGAAAGUACGACGACACGAGUCUCUCUACAAUAGCGAAUAUGAACUAUGAAACGCCCUACGCGUUACUGAACAGCAUAAGCCAGAAGUACAGGGAAUCCUUCGGCGGAGAGCUGAUGAACAAACUAUUGGAUCUGGCGAAGAAUUCCAAGGGCUGACUCAAGUAAACUUGUACUUGAUUAAAUCGUUUAUGUGGA